AGAAUAUCAUACAAAAAAACGAAAACGAAAAUGUCAUUUUUCGAGACGAGCUGAUCUCGUGAGGAAUCUCCGAUGUCAACGGGGAAGAUGAUUUCCUUAGUUUUGUGGCGAUUUCGCCAGUGAUCAAAGCAAAUUGACCGAUUUGCUAUUUAAAUGACAAAUAUGACUUCUUCUUUAAAUCGAAAGCGAAGCUCAUCUGUUAGUUUUACAAGAGCUAAGGAUGAUAGUGAAAAUGCUACAGAUGAGAUCCAUAUAUCUCUGGCACCAUAUAUACAAACAUAUUUGGCACACAGUGGUCAGGGACUUGGAUGUUGCGGUAUUAGCCUUCCAGUACCAUUUGAGCGUGCAGCCUCAAGGUCUUGGUGGAAUCCUAAAUUUGAUUCAGAAAUACUUGAAGAACAAUUUAAAAGAAGUGCCUUUCCACAAAUAAGAUUAAGAUUUCGAUAUGCCCUAACAUACAUCUUGCUAGUUUCUUUGUCAUGGUUGGCAUAUUUUAUUAUAAUUGGAACUGAAUAUAAUACUACAACAUGGCCAGCAAUAGCAGCAAUUUUUAUUACUGUUGGUAUAAUGGUAUCAGGAGUUUUAUACUUAACGCAUACAGAUUAUUACAAAGAGUAUGUGUUGCAAACUUCAUUAGGAGUUGCAGCUAUGCUUUGCAUUUUGUCAUUACUUUUUCUUACAAUAAUUCCACCCUAUAUAGAUGGCCUAACUUUAGUCGGACAUUUUGCACUAUGUUCGGAAAUUUUGUUAUUAAUUUACACUGUGCUGCCAAUGCCAUUAUAUGCGUGUUUGGGAAUAUCAACGAUUUAUUCCUUUCUAUUUGAAUUUUUAACUGCCUAUUUGUAUGGUUCAAAAACUGCAAGAGAAAAGUUUUUCAGCGAACAUACGUUACCAAAUAUUUCUACAGGAAACGAUGCCAUAUUAGAUUACAGUAAAAUAUCAACAGCUGCAUAUUCUUCUUUGAAAAGUUUUAAUAAUAGUCAAUUGUCAAAUGUGAUGCACGAUAACAACGAAUAUAUAAUUGCAACCAUGAAGACACCAUAUUCCCAAGAUUCAAAAUUGUUAUCUGUUCUUGGAUUGAAUUCGUCUAACCAAGAGACCAUACUUGGAAAAGCAUUUGGAAUUCUGAACAAUACAAGUAUAGCGUCGACAAUAGUUAAUAUUAAUUCCACUGUAAAUGCUUCUAAUGAUUUAAUUUCCAAAGAUAUAAACAAUACAACUUCGAUAUUGGGAGGAGAUGUAUUAAUCCGUAGGAACGGUGAAUUGUCAAACUAUAUUUUAAGUAGCAACAUAUCUAAUCAAUCAUUUUCGGACGAUAAUUAUUUUUCUACAAAUCUUGGGAUAAGAAUUUUAAUGCAAGUUUGCAUUCAUCUGAUAGGAAUACAUAUUUUAAUAAUGACUUUUGUAAGGAUGCGCGGUACGUUUAUGAAAGUCGGCCAAUCUUUAUUAGUCCGACGUCAAUUAGAAAUGGAGAAACAACUUAAAGAGAAAAUGAUUCACUCCGUAAUGCCGCCGAAAGUUGCCGAUUGGUUAAUGGCAGAAAGCGAGCGUGAAAGAGAGCGCGAAGAUUCUUUAAAGAAAGGAUCGAUACCGUCCAAUAACACGGAUAUCCGUUCGUUAUUUCGACCGUUCAACAUGCAUUCAAUGGAAAAUGUUAGUAUUCUAUUUGCCGAUAUUGUUGGUUUUACACGAAUGAGCUCGAAUAAGACUGCAGAAGAAUUGGUAGGCAUUUUAAAUGAUCUUUUCGAAAGAUUUGAUGAUCUAUGCGAGCAUCAUGGAUGUGAGAAAAUUUCUACAUUGGGCGAUUGUUACUACUGUGUAAGCGGAUGUCCUGAGCCAAGAUCUGACCAUGCAAAAUGUUGUAUCGAAAUGGGACUAGCUAUGAUAGAAGCUAUAAAACAAUUUGAUAUUGAAAGAAGGGAGGGUGUCAACAUGAGAGUUGGAGUACAUACCGGAACCGUGCUUUGUGGAAUUGUAGGUACUAAAAGAUUUAAGUUCGAUGUUUGGUCUAAUGAUGUGACAUUGGCAAAUAAAUUAGAAAGUACAGGAAAACCAGGAAGAGUUCAUUUAAGUGAAAAAACAUUAAGUUUUCUUGAUGAUGGAUACGUUACAGAAGAUGGAGAAUUAAUAAAUGGUAUUAAAACUUAUUUCAUCAAAGGUCGAAGAUCUGAUUUUACUAAUCAAUUUAUAAUGAAUAUUACAUCACCAAAAAGUAUAUCGCCUUUAAUGCAGUCGCGUCAUCGUUUGGCCUCGUGUAAUAGUCAAUCUAAAUCGAAAUGUCACUAUCUCCAUAUGGUUACUAAUACAAGUAAUUAUAGAAUCAAAGCGAACUCUUUACCAAGUAUUCUAGAUUCCGAAAACGGCGAUAUCGAUACGACGGAUGAAAAGGAAAAUGCAAAUAAAAGUCCCGUAUCGGUUGCUAGUUAUGGGAAAAAAAAGUUACGAAAUAAACCUUGGAGAUAUUUACAGAGGCAACGAACUACCGAAGAAAUGACCCCGUUAGAAAUGGAAGAAGCUAAAGCAAUUAUUGCUGAACGAUCAAAAACUGAAUCUCAUUCAUACGAAGAUCGUAAUGGAUUUAGGCAGAAUACAUCUCAAAAUGACAUUGAAAUGGAUCCGAAUCCUGUACCUUCUAGUCCUUUAUUAUCUGGUCAAGAGCCACUCAGUCGUGCCUCUUCUAUGUGUAGUAGAAAAGAUUCUGGAAUCAGAAGUAAUAGUAGACGUAGCAGUAUACAGCAACAGCUGUUUUUGAUGAAUGGUAUGGCUCAGGGUGACUUAUUAGCUCACAGAGUGAGUGGUUAUUAUACGUCUAGCUCGACGUUAAACUCUGCUCACGAGCCAUCGUCUUCGGUACCGCCAUAUCCGUUUCCUCCGGCAGUGACGGAUACUUUUGGUGCAUGUUUUCAUAAGUUAAGGAAACAAUCUGAUCUCCAGUUAAUCAGGUGUGUUCAAGAUAAUGUAAGUUCUCAACGGUCCUACUUUGUGAAACCACCACUUUCGAGUUUGACACUUUUCUUUAAGAACAAAGAAAUGGAAAAGGAGUACAGAGAGAAUGCUCACAAGGUUAGCGAAUGUAUCAGUGGCAACCCACCUACUCUGGCUACCUCGAGAUUCAAUACGUACUUUGAUAUUUUAAUAUCGGCAUUAGUUUACACUGCCGUGACGGUCUCGCUUUUCUUACUUUGCGAACCAACUUUGUACUAUAUGAUCUUUUCUGUAUGUGCCACCACCAUCCAAAUUAUAGCAGUGUCGCUUUGUGUGCGUCAACUAUUAUAUCCGAAUAUGAUCCACGCGACGUUGACACAACAAUUAUUUAGGUUUUUCUUACAAUGGUACCCUUGGCAUAUUUGCGGCGCGGUCCUGGUUGGCUUACCAAUCACGUCUAUUCUUCUCAAUUAUACAUGCAGCAAUUUUCAUAGUUUGAAUAAUUUCGAAUAUUAUUACGGCUAUUUGGUCUUUGUCGGUUUAGUACAUUUUUGUAAUUUCACGCAACUUAAUUGUUGGAUGAAAAAUUUCCUGGUAACGCUUAUGGGUGUAAUAUUUCUUUUUCUCAUAAUGAAUCAUGUAUCGUACAGUCAAAAGAAUCUCGGUAAUGUUACAGAUUUAAUUAGCAAUCAAAUUAACGCAAAUAAUUCACAGAAAUUAUUUAACGGUACUCUCCUUCGGUCUGCAUCAAACUUUGCUGUAAAGAAUGCUUUCAUAAGGCAACGAGAAGUAGAAAUACGAUAUCACGAAAGAUUGUACAAUUCCGAGAUUUUUUUGGAUAUGAUACUUUUACUUCUGCUGGUUUGGUUUUUAAAUCGUGAAUUUGAGAUCAGUUACAGAUUAAGCUUUCACGGAAACGCGGUAGCGGCAAGAGAUAAAACUCGCGUCCAGUCGAUGAAGAAUCAAGCCGAUUGGCUUUUGCAUAAUAUUAUACCAAAAUACGUGGCCGAUCAAUUGAAGACCACCGCUAAAUAUUCUCAAAAUCACAAAGCCGUAGGCAUUAUUUUUGCAAGUAUAGUCAAUUUCAAUGAACUCUACGACGAGUCUUAUCUAGGUGGGAAAGAGUAUCUACGUGUGUUGAACGAACUUAUCGGCGACUUCGACGAGUUAUUAGAAAAGCAAGAAUUUUCGAACGUCGAGAAGAUCAAAACAAUCGGUAGUACGUUUAUGGCUGCAAGUGGUUUAAAUCCACAAGUCAGACAACAAAGUGAACACGAUUACGCGCAUCUAUUUCAAUUGAUAGAUUUUGCUAUGGCGAUGCACAAGGUAAUUAAUGAUUUUAAUCGAGACCUGUUAGGCUUUAAAUUGAUCUUGAGAAUUGGCUUCAAUUACGGUGACGUUACCGCUGGUGUGAUCGGGGCUACUAAAUUGUACUAUGAUAUUUGGGGCGACGCUGUAAAUAUAGCAUCCAGAAUGGAUUCUACUGGAGUAGCUGGAAGGAUACAAGUGGCCAAGAAUACGUUGGAUAUUCUCACAGAACGAUACGAGUUUGAACCACGUGGCCAAGUUUAUGUUAAAGGGAAAGAUAACAUGGACGUGUUUCUAUUAAUAGGAAAAAAGAACGAUGUUGAUACAACGAUAAGCGCUUAAAUUAUUUCAAAUGCCUAAGUCGAUUAAGUCGAAUGAACUGUACAUGGAAUUAUUUGAUUGCACGUUACACUUACAUCGAGCAUAUGAUCUUUACAGGAUCAAAGCUUUUAGCGAUCUCGUAAGAAAUUUGUAUAAAAUCUACGGUAGGCGUACCGUCGGCGUAACACGUUAACCUAAUACGUACCUUACUCUUCAAUUGCUCGCUCAUUAAAGAUAUUUAUUCUUAAUGAAAUAUUCACUGUAUUUUUUUACGUAAUUUAAGGGUAUCGGAUACGAGACCUAUAAAAACCUACCUUUGUAAUGUAAAAAGUACAAAAUCGAAUCAAUUUUAAAAUAAUGAAAUUUCUCCUGAUAUUGUUAUGAAACAAAAAUCUGUGCUAAACGUAUAUCGAGACGAAUAGUAGGCAUUGUUAAUGUUUGUAUGCUUUCUGAAUGAACGAGCGAACGUAUAAAUGACCGGCUCUGGUUGUUGUCGACAGUUCCUAGUUAUAAAAGUGCGACUUAUUUGAUAACUGUUAGUUAUCAUAUAUGUAAAAAGCUUUCUGAUAACUUUCUUUUAUUCUUUCGAUCUGUUGUACGAGAUUAUUAUAAUUCUUUUCUUUUUUUUUCUCUUUGCCGUAAUAAUCAAAAUUAUUUCUAUUGUAAAUUAGAUAUGAAAAUGUAUCAGAUCACUUUCAAAGUAUCAACAUCGUAACAAAAGAUAUAGCUCGAAUCUCAAAAUAUUCUUUAAGACUUAUUUGUUCAGUAAAUUAUAGCGGAGCCUUAUAUCUAACACCGUUGUAAUUAUGUACAUUCGUUCAGUGUAUGUCAUAUUUUCGUUGAUUAUUCGCACUGUAUAAGGAAUAUUAUAACGAAGAAAAACCUGUUUUAAGGUUACUAUAAAUCUCGAGAACAUAGUACUCUAUAA